AUGGAUAAGGCACAGCGUAGACCCAUUGGGAAAGUAUGGAGGCGCCAAGACCAGGUGCGCAUUCGAGAGGUGAAUCCAACCCAUCUCACUCCACAGAAGCGUACAAUGGAACAACAAGAAGAGAUAGGAGAACAGAGAGAGAAUACCAAUGCACAUCAGAAGAAAGCAAAAACUCUUGUGUUCACAGACAUGACAAGACAGACGCUUGAUAAACAAAUGCAAGACAGGGAACAUGGGCAUGACCAGCCUAAGGGUAGCAGUGACAAGGAGAUGCUAAUUACUGAGAAUGAAAACCCGAGAGGGAGACAGGAGGCAAGGAACACAAAUAAAGUUACUACCAAUGAACAAAUGGUUGGUGGAGUGGCGGACCCUGCACAGAGCCAGGGCCGCCCAGCCCAAUGA